AUGAAUCCCGUGAUCAACUCGGAAGGGCUUGGGACAGCUCACGAAGCAGAAGGAGAGGUAUCACAAAAGCGAAAGAAAAAGGUUCACAACAACAACAAAAACAAGAAAAAGAAGAGACCUUCGUUUCGAGAAGGCGAAAGAGUAGAAGAAGUCCACGAUCAAGCAACAGAGCCCAAUGGCAACGUCAGAGUAGUCCAAUGGGAACGUGAAACUGUCGAAGCUGAGGGUGUUGCAGUCGAUCCCGAAUAUCCCGAUAAUAAAAAUAGCAAAAAAAGAAGAAAAGAAGCGCGGGCGUCACUGGAAGAUUUUGACCAUGAACGAGAAGCCGAGGAAGCAGUUCAGAAGAGACGAUUGUCUGAAAUUGUGACGUUUGUAGUACGAUAG